CCGGGUCAGAUUUCUUACUGUCUUCUCUUCUCACCUGUUACCAUCCCACCUUCCUUCUUCCUCUUCCUUAACUUAAAGGAAACCUAACUAACCGCUCCUCAACUCGAGGGUUUUUCUUCCUCCCUCCAUAGCUCUCUUGUUUCAAUCGAGGAUCCUUCUCAGCUUUCGUCUAGAUCGAGCUCUGUUGUCGAUAUCUAAGCUGCUUUGCGACUCUUCCGAAGUCAUAUGCUUAAAAAAAACUACUUUGAUCUGCUGCAACCUCUUCUUUUCACAAAAUGGCACUUCGGCUACCUGCUUCGAAAGCAGCUGAAGUCGCGAUAGGAUCAAUCGGAUGCGGUUAUGAUUUAGCUAUCGAUGUGCGCUUGAAGUAUUGCAAAGGAGGCUCUAAAGAGUCGCGCUUGCUCGACAUCAAAGACGGAGAUGACAGCUGUGACAUUGUGUUACCUGGUGGUAUCUCGAUUCCUAAUGUUUCAAAGUCUAUCAAAUGCGAUAAAGGAGAGCGCAUGCGCUUUAGCUCUGAUGUUCUUUCUUUCCAACAGAUGGCAGAGCAGUUCAACCAGGAACUAUCUUUAGCUGGUAAAAUCCCUUCGGGUCUCUUCAACGCCAUGUUUGAAUUCUCUGGCUGUUGGCAGAAAGAUGCAGCCUAUACCAAAAACCUUGCUUUCGAUGGAAUCUUCAUCUCGUUUUACACCGUUGCUUUGGACAAAUCUCAUAUGUUACUCCGUGAUCAUGUCAAGCAGGCCGUCCCAUCAACAUGGGACCCUGCCGCAUUGGCAAGGUUUAUAGAUACUUAUGGGACGCAUAUAAUUGUUGGUGUUAAGAUGGGAGGGAAAGAUGUGAUUUAUGCCAAACAGCAACACUCGUCGAAACUUCAACCUGAUGAGCUCCAGAAAAGAUUAAAAGAGGUGGCAGAUAAGAGGUUUGUGGAAGCUAGCGGAGUGCAGAACAUGGCUUCAGAUAGAAUGCAUCCAAGUAGUAAGGUGGAAGCAAAGGAGCAACGCCUGAGAUUUGCUGAUUCCAGUUCGCUCGGUUCUUAUGCAAAUAAAGAGGACAUUGUCUUCAUGUGCAAAAGGCGAGGUGGAAACGACAAUAGAAACCUAAUGCAUAAUGAUUGGCUGCAAACAGUUCAGACGGAGCCUGAUGCUAUCUCAAUGUCCUUUAUUCCAAUCACUUCUCUGCUUAAUGGAGUUCCAGGAAGUGGAUUCUUGAGCCACGCCAUCAAUCUCUAUCUAAGAUAUAAGCCACCGAUUACAGAGCUACAUCAGUUUUUAGAGUUUCAGCUACCAAGGCAGUGGGCUCCAGUGUUUAGUGAACUCCCUCUUGGUCCGCAAAGGAAGCAACAAAGCUGUGCGUCUCUGCAGUUCAGUUUCUUCGGACCUAAGCUAUAUGUGAAUACCACUCCAGUUGAUGUUGGUAAGAGACCAAUCACAGGCAUGCGUCUCUACCUAGAAGGCAGAAGAAGCAACCGUUUAGCGAUCCAUCUCCAACACCUCUCCUCUCUCCCCAAGAUAUUCCACCUCGAAGACGAUCCAAACAAAAGCAUGCGACAAGCGUCUCACGAUCGCCGCUACUACGAGAAAGUAAACUGGAAGAACUACUCCCACGUCUGCACAGCGCCAGUCGAAGCAGACGAUGAUCUUUCUGUAGUAACAGGCGCGCAGCUUCACGUGGAGAGCCACGGAUUCAAGAACGUGCUCUUCUUGCGCCUUUGUUUCUCCAAAGUCAUGGGAGCGACGAGCGUGAAGAACUCAGAAUGGGAUGAAGCGGUGGGGUUUGCUCCCAAGUCGGGACUCAUAUCGACGCUGAUAAGCCAUCACUUCACUGCGGCGCAGAAGCCGCCGCCGCGGCCUGCGGAUGUGAAUAUAAACUCUGCUAUCUAUCCCGGUGGACCGCCGGUGCCUGUGCAAGCUCCCAAGCUUUUGAAGUUUGUGGAUACGAGUGAGAUGACGAGAGGGCCGCAGGAGUCGCCGGGGUAUUGGGUUGUGUCCGGUGCGAGGUUGUUGGUGGAGAAAGGGAAGAUCUCGUUGAAGGUGAAGUAUUCGUUGUUGACUGCGAUAAUGGAAGAUGAAGUGAUAGAGGAAAGCUAUGGAGGUUAAGAGCAUGGUGGUUGUUGUAUGUGUACAUUUAUUAUUUCUAAUGUAACGGUGUGUGUGUGUGUGUGAUAGGACUACAUGUCUUGUACAUUUCAUGUCUUGGAUGAGGAGAUUUUGUUCGCAUGGUGUAAGUUAAGAUACACAACUGUAAUCUGCGAGCAUGGCUAA